UUGCCACACCGGAUAUCACAUUUUCGAAACUUCAACCAGCAAAACUGCAAAACCCUCCCCAUUUCACUCGAAACAGAGAAACAAAACAUCCUCCGAACUUCCCAUUCUCUCUCCUCCGCCGUCGCUUUCUCUCUCCUCCGGUGAUUAUUUGCGUUUGGGGUGUCAGAGUUGAAGUUCUCACUUACUUCAGUAUACUAUCAUGGCGAUUGAUAGAAUCUUGAAAGAUGAAGCUUCUGAGGAGAAGGGAGAUCGUGCUAGAAUGGCUACAUUUAUUGGUGCACUUGCAAUUGUAGACUUGAUCAAAACAACUUUGGGACCAAAGGGAAUGGACAAGAUUUUGCAGUCAACUGGUCGGGGUCAUAAUGUUACCGUGACAAAUGAUGGGGCGACAAUCAUGAAGUCCCUUCACAUUGAUAACCCUGCAGCCAAAGUUCUUAUUGAUAUUUCAAAGACACAAGAUGAUGAAGUUGGUGAUGGGACAACAUCAGUUGUUGUAUUGGCUGGAGAGUUAUUAAGAGAGGCCGAAAAGCUUGUUGCAAUGAAGAUUCAUCCCAUGACCAUAAUAGCAGGUUAUAGAAUGGCUUCUGAAUGCGCUCAUAAUGCAUUGCUGAAGAAGGUGGUCGACAACAAACAAGAUGCAGAUAAAUUCCGGUCAAACUUGAUGAACAUUGCAAGGACUACGCUGAGUUCGAAAAUAUUGUCUCAAGACAAGGAACACUUUGCCAAUAUGGCAGUAGAUGCAGUUAUGAGGCUGAAGGGUAGCACGAACCUGGAGGCCAUCCAGAUUAUCAAGAAGCCUGGAGGUUCCUUGAGAGAUUCAUUUCUAGAUGAAGGAUUUAUUUUGGACAAGAAGAUUGGUGUUGGACAACCAAAGCGUAUAGAGAAUGCAAAUAUUUUAGUUGCAAACACUGCAAUGGACACAGAUAAAGUAAAAAUCUAUGGGGCACGAGUACGUGUUGAUUCAAUGGCUAAGGUUGCCGAGAUUGAAGGAGCAGAAAAGGACAAGAUGAGGGAGAAAGUGAAGAAGAUUAUUGGUCAUGGAAUUAAUUGUUUUGUUAAUCGGCAGUUAAUCUACAAUUUCCCUGAGGAACUCUUUGCUGAUGCUGGAAUCCUUGCCAUUGAGCAUGCCGAUUUUGAUGGUAUUGAGCGCCUUGCUCUGGUGACUGGUGGGGAGAUUGCAUCAACUUUUGAUAAUCCUGAAUCAGUUAAACUUGGACAUUGCAAGCUGAUCGAGGAAAUUAUGAUUGGGGAAGACAAGCUAAUUCAUUUCUCUGGUGUUGAGAUGGGACAGGCGUGCACAAUAGUACUGAGAGGUGCAAGCGAGCAUGUACUUGAUGAGGCUGAAAGGUCCUUACACGAUGCCCUGUGCGUGCUUUCGCAGACGGUGAAUGACAGUAGGGUUUUGCUUGGAGGUGGUUGGCCUGAAAUGGUGAUGGCAAAAGAGAUAGAUGAACUGGCUAGAAAAACUCCUGGAAAGAAGUCUCAUGCCAUUGAAGCUUUCUCACGGGCACUGCAGGCCAUACCGACAAUCAUUGCUGACAAUGCUGGAUUAGACAGUGCUGAGUUGAUAUCAAAGCUUCGUGCUGAGCACCACCAAGAAAACAGUACUUCAGGAAUAGAUGUGAUCACUGGAACUGUUGGAGACAUGGCUGCUCUGGGAAUCUCGGAGUCUUUUAAAGUAAAGCAGGCUGUCUUAUUAUCUGCUAUAGAGGCAGCUGAAGGGCUCCUGAGGGUUGACGAGAUUAUCAGAUGCGCUCCAAGGAGGAGAGAAGAUAGAAUGUAAAACCAAUUUUUGGUUUUGUAUCGCCGGAACCUAGGUUUUGUACUAGUGUUUUUUUUUUAUUUACUUGAUUGAUUUAGAAGACAGUCUGGGAUUUUGGUUUUCAUCCCUGUGCAAUAUGCUGGUCUGUAGCAGAUUAUGAUUUCUUUCUGCAGUGGUGUUGGAUGUAGGAGCUGAUAUUUUGUACAUUGAAAGAUUGCAACCCUAAAGUUUUGAUGGAUGAACCAGAAACGUGAAUUAUUUAUGAGGAGGAUGAGCACAGUUUUUACAACAUAAAA